AUGGCUGCGGGAAUGUUUCCCGACAGCACGUCCGCCUUCCGAGGCACGCAAGGCAAGUGGGAGCUGCAGCUAGCACUUGCACAUCGCUUCUGGGCACCCGAGAAACGCCAGGAAGGGAUGGCGAGCCUCCAGAACUCCCUGUCCGAAGCUGAAGCCUUCAAAGCAAACUUCGCUGGUUCGGAGCUGGGCCUUGGUCAGAGCACCUUUCACUUUUUCUUUGGAGCGGUGGGAUCUCGUAUGUGCAGCACGGUCGGAUGUUCCAGGCUUUCGAGCCUUGUGGGAACAAGCCAAAGCAUGGACCACCUUAGGCUUAGGUGCUGUCGUUUGCUUUCGAGCCUAGUCUCUAAACCCAGGAUGCACGCAUCGUCGCUGCCUUGCAAUACAAGCUCGCUCGCCACUGUGCAGGCAUCUGUUAUCCCACCCACCAGGCUCAAAACACAUUUUGGGAGCGGCAAGAGAAACCGUUCAAGGCCCAAUUCCGAGAGUGGGCAUGAUGCUUUUGAUGGACGUAGAAAAAACUCGUCGGAUUUUCAGCCAUUUACAAUCACACGGGCAGAUGUCGCCACCGAAGUUGACCGCCCGGCCUUCCAGAAGAGUGCAGUCCAACCAGCGACUUCCAGUGAUCUCUAG